AUGGCCGAAUACGCAAAAUACUCCGAGCCCAGUCCGCAAUGGACGCAGUUCGUCGCCUCCCAACCCACCCUGCAAGACCUCGACCGCGUCGGCAUCAUCGAACGAAAGCGCAUCUUCAUCGACAUCGAAUCCCAGAUCCCCGUCCGCGACGUCCCCGACGACAUCACGGAGAACACAGUGAGCGUCUCCGAAUUCACCAUCCCAACCCGAGACGGAUACGCCCUCCCCGUGCGCUCCUACAUCCCCACAGCCCCCCGUCCAGAUAACACCCGUCCCCUCCUGGUCUACCUCCACGCCGGCGGCUUCCUCUUCGGCGACCUGGACAGCGGCGACCUGAACUGUCGUGUGCUCGCUGUACGGCUGAACAUCAGCGUCCUGAACGUGGGAUACAGACUCGCGCCGAAAUGGCCUUUCCCAACGGGCGUGAAUGAUGCGUAUGAUGCUACGGCUUGGGUACGUCUCCUCCCUUCCUCUUCCCCUCCUAUUCUGAGGUCAGACAAGCUGAUCCGCCGGCUUCCUAGUCGGGGGCAUCUCAUCGGGCGCGAACUUCGCCGGCGUGAUUGCGUACACGGCGCGCGACGAGGGCUUAACGCCGCCGAUAACAGGCCUCUUCAUCUCGAUCCCGGUGUGUAUCAUGCCGCAGGCGUACCCCGCCGCGCCGAAAGAGUGGAGAGAGAAGGAGCUGCUGAGUCUGGCUCAGAACGCGGAGAACCCGCUCCUGACGUCGAAGAGUCUAGGCGAUAUCCAGGAGCUGUAUAUGCCGGGUUCUGA